CGACAACAAUCUCAUCAAUACAACACCGUUCCCCCUACCAAACUACCCUCUCGCACUCCCUCGAUCCACCCCAUACCUAUCUUCGAGACACGCGGAUACGGUCCCCGAUAAUUCGCGUACCAGCGCAUCUGCAACCCCCGGGAAACGAGAACGUGAUACGCUUUGCCGCCUUGCCCUAAGCUACCCGUUUGUAAUCCAUCAUGGCAAAGGAAGAUGAGAAGAAGCCCACGGCCGCCGACAAGGGCAAGGGAAAGGCCGUGAACGGCGAGGCUGAGAAGGAGGUCAAGAAGGACAAGGAUGGCAAACCGAUACAGGACGACAAGAAGGGCGUGCAGCAGGCUGAGGAGCUUAGCGAAGAGGACCAGCAGCUCAAGAGCGAACUCGAUAUGCUUGUCGAGAGGUUACUGGAGCCAGAUACGAGUCUGUACCCACCCGCGCUCGAGAACAUCAAGAACUUCAUCAAGACGUCAACGAGCUCGAUGACGGCUGUCCCCAAGCCCCUCAAGUUUCUGAGGCCGCACUACCAGAACCUGGAGAAGGCUUACGACUCGUGGCCGGAGGGCGACAACAAGAAAUCGUUCGCCGAUGUGUUGUCCGUACUCGGAAUGACAUAUUCCGAUGAAGAUCGCCUCGACUGCCUCAAAUACCGCCUGCAAGCGCCCUCGACGGAUCUCGGCUCCUGGGGCCACGAAUACAUGCGACAUCUCGCACUUGAAAUCGGAAGGGAGUUCCAGAACAGACUGAACGAUGAUAAGUCGACUGAUGAUAUCACCGAUCUUGCCCUCACCCUUGUUCCGUUCUUCCUCAAGCACAACGCCGAGGCCGACGCGGUGGAUAUCCUCUCGGAGCUAGAGAUGAUUGACCAGAUCGAACAGUAUUUGGACGAGAACACCUACGCAAGAGUGUGCUUGUACAUGGUUAGCACCGUGCCUCUUCUCACAUACCCCGACAACGACAAGUUCCUCCGCACAGCACACCAGGUUUACCGGAAAUACAAGCAAUACACACAGGCGGUGGCUCUGGCGAUACGGUUGAACGACCACGACCUCAUCGAGGAGACGUUCAACUCGACCGAAGACAAGGCCGUGAGGCGACAAUUGGCGUUCCUCUGCGCCCGACAACGUAUAUGGUUCGAUGUUUCGGAUGACGAGGACCCAGAGCUCCAGGAGUGCUUAAACAACACCAAAUUGCCCGAUCACUUCAAGGCUUUGGGCAAGGAACUCAACAUCCUUGAUCCCAAGACCCCCGAUGACAUCUACAAGACCCAUCUUGAAAGCAGCCGGACAGCGGGCCUGACCAACACCGACUCUGCCAGACACAACCUUGCCUCUUCUUUCGUGAAUGCCUUCGUGAACGCAGGAUACAGCAACGACAAGCUCAUGCUCGGCCAGGACCAAAGGACUAGCUGGGUCUGGAAGACAAAGGACGAGGGAAUGAUGUCUACGGCCGCCUCUCUUGGUAUGCUCAUGCUUUGGGAUGUGGAGGGUGGUCUUGACAAGAUUGACCGCUACACCACUGCUGAUGACGACAUGGUCAAGGCCGGUGCUAUGCUUGCCACUGGUAUCAUCAACUCAGGCGUGAGGAACGAGUCGGAUCCUGCUCUGGCUCUUCUCAGCGACGAGGACAACCUGGCGCACAAGAAUCUCAACAUCCGCAUGGCUUCCAUCAUGGGUCUUGGUCUGGCUUAUGCUGGAUCGAACAAGGAGGAGCUUCUGGAGUUCCUUCUACCCAUCGUUGCUGAUACCAACAUUGAGAUGCAACUCUCUGCCAUGGCAGCAUUGUCUCUCGGACUCAUCUUCGUUGGCUCGGCCAAUGGUGAGGUCACUGACGCUUUGAUGAACACACUCUUGGACGAGGACCGGACGAAGCAGCUCACUGAUAAGUGGACUCGCUUCAUGGCUCUCGGUCUUGCUCUCCUUUUCUUCGGCCAGCAAGAAGAGGUCGAGGUCAUUCUGGAGACUCUCAAGGCUCUCGACCACCCCAUGUCCAAGCCAACUUCGGUCCUUGCCGAAGUCUGCGCCUGGGCAGGUACUGGUGCCGUGCUCAAGAUCCAGCAGCUUCUCCACAUCUGCAAUGAGCACAUCGAGGAUGACAGUGACGAGAAGAAGGGCGAUGAGCUGCUUCAGUCAUAUGCUGUCAUCGGUCUUUCAUUGGUCGCAAUGGGCGAAGACGUUGGCCAGGACAUGAUCCUCCGAACCUUCGGCCACUUGAUGCACUACGGCGAGGCGAACAUCCGAAAGGCUGUCCCGCUUGCCAUGGGUCUCAUCAGCGCCAGCAACCCGCAAAUGAAGGUGUACGACACUCUGUCACGAUACUCCCACGACAACGACAACGACGUUGCUGUCAACGCCAUCUUUGCCAUGGGUCUUUGCGGUGCCGGUACCAACAACGCCCGUCUUGCACAAUUGCUCCGACAGCUUGCCAGCUACUACCAUAGAGAUGCGAAUGCCCUCUUCAUGGUUCGCGUGGCCCAGGGUCUUCUCCACAUGGGCAAGGGCACGCUAUCCUCAAGUCCGUUCCACACCGACCGACAGGUCCUUUCCCGCGUGGCCGCCGCAGGCCUGCUCACCGUCCUCGUUUCCAUGAUCGACGCUAAGCAGUUCAUUCUCGGAGAUUCACAUUACCUGCUCUACUUCUUAGCAACUUCCAUUCACCCACGUUUCCUCAUCACACUCGACGAGGAAUUGAAGCCACUCACAGUCAAUGUGCGCGUCGGUCAAGCCGUCGAUGUCGUUGGCCAGGCCGGUAAGCCCAAGACUAUCACAGGCUGGCAGACACAGAGCACGCCGGUGCUGCUCGCACAUGGCGAGAGGGCAGAGCUGGAAGAUGAGAAGUACAUUCCAUUGAGCAGUAUUCUGGAGGGUGUGGUGAUUCUCAGAAAGAACCCUGAAUGGGAGGAUUGAACGUAACAACACUUGUGUGGAAACUAGCAUAAAUUCACUAGGUAAUCGAACGCAUUCAAUAAAUCAAUCAAUGAAAAACCACCACCCGGAAUGUUAUUGAGGAUUAACAAGAAGACUUUCGAAUCUUCUUCCCCCACCUCAAUUGUCUCUGUUGGGGGGAUCCAAAGUCUAAUUAGAAGACCGCAAUGAUACAUACCCGCGAGUUGCUCUCCUGAAGUGAACGAAUGAGGAAGAAGGGCUUGUGUAGGGUAUUUAUCGUUGUGUAUAUAUAGAUUAGCGCGCGCUAUGAUAAGAGAGAAUGGAAUGAAAGUAUUGAAUAUUACGUUGGGCUGCUUUACGUGAUGUACUUAGACUCAGAUAGGG